AACCCGAUAGUCUCUAGGCAAAACGUAUUGCCGACGUAGAAAAACGGUGUGCGACCGAGUCAAAGGCCGCUUCGAAUGGUGACUCAACGCUUAGAGCAGUCGAGGCAGUACCGCGAGGGUUUUUCGUUAGUUGCUGUUUCCCCCCUUUUCGUUUUUGAAGUGGAUAUGAAUCGAUUGAAGCGAUUUCGCUUCUGUGGCCUUCACGAAAAACUCCGCUUCACCAAAGAGCAGACGUAUUCCCAGUGAGAACCGGGCAACCGUGUGUGCUGGGGUUUCAAACAGCAAGUUUGGAAAAACCGAAGUUUUUACUGUUUUGUGGUAGACGGAAAGGGGCAAGCGUACUAAGUUGCUAUGUCACACGUUCGUUAAGUCAAUUUUCGCUUCGGUGAAUUCAAUCUUCCUUCCGUCUCCCCGGAUAUAGGGGGCGACUCCUGACACACAUAUUGACACCUGAGUUUUCCACGGUGUGUCUCUGACGCGAUGGUCCUGGGAAGCGAGUGACCUUUUCCCCAUUUCCCUCCUUUUUUCCUAAUUCACCACUUUUAGCAUGCGUGUUAAAAGGGUUUGACGUAACUGGAAAAAUGCUACCACUCAGGCACUAGGUUUUCGUCGCACGGCACCAUGCAGUCGAUAACAGAGUUUGCCGUCGAGGGAGGCAUCUAUCGUCCGCUGGAUAUCAAUUCUAACGUUUCGUCUGAAGAGUUUGAUUCACCACGAGAGAACACGACAGCAGGAGUCGAGACCUUAGAAGAACUGCAUCAUCACAUUUUCCGGAUACUUGCUAAUACAGCAGAUCCUCAUCGCCUCGCACGGACGCAGCGCCUUCUCGAGCGUUAUGAUGGACAAGAUUGGCUAUUGUGGAAGCAGCGUUUUUCCCAGGACGAAAGGCAGGCUCAAUCGUAUGGGCGGUCAGCAGUAUGGCAGCAUCCAGGGUGUUUCCAGCUUCUGAUUCUCACGUGGGCCCCGGGGUGUUGUUCCCCCGUUCACAACCACCCAUGCGAAAGAUGUUUUCUUAUGCCACUUACCGGGGAAAUGGCCGAGGCACGUUUCUGGGUCAACGAAGAAACAAAUGAGUGCACGGAGAUUUGUCGCUCGACACUGAAGACACACAAGGCGUACUGGAUUGACGACUCCCAUGGAUGGCAUGCAGUGAUGAAUCUCGGCGACGUCGACUCAGUGUCCCUACAUCUGUACAUUCCCGAGAUCAUCAGGUGCAAGAUUUGCACCAGCGGCUUCUCCGCAUCGUGGCUACCGCUCUCUUGUUGACGAGUUUCCACGGCGACUGCUACUCUGGAGCAGAAGACGAUGUCUCUUCGUUUUCUCGG